ACGCGAGUAAGGAGGAAAACAACCCCAGAUCGCGAUCGCGUUCCCGUUCAAGGUCAAAAGAAAAUAAGACGCGCAAAAAACAAAGACCAGCCUCCCAAUCGAGCUCUAGCUCAAGUUCAAGUGAACAAUCAGACUCCGAAGAGGAAAACCAAGAUUCAAGAUGUCAAUCCGGUCAGGCGGCUCUGUCUGGCACACGGAAUGAAGAACACUCGAAUCACAAACGAGCUC